CAGGAAGAAGAGAGAGCAGAAGAAGCUGAGAACGGAAGCACUUCACUGGUCCGUGAGGCCAGGUUCAGCGGUUACCAAACAUCAAGAUGGCACACCGGUUCCUACUGCGCAGAAUCUGGACCUUCUCCGUCAAAGAUGUCCGCUGCCUCCCAUCAUCCACUGCCACCGUCUCCUGCUCUUCUUUUUCCACCUCUCUUCAUUCUGCCCCGAUCCGGGUGUCCUUCCUCGCCCAGUCACGAAGCCUCGCCGUUUCCCAUCCCCCUCGCCGAGCGGUCUCCUUCAACGUUCAGGACCAGGAGGACUUCACAGAGAGGGUCAUCAACAGCGACCUGCCUGUGCUGAUCGACUUUCACGCACAGUGGUGUGGUCCUUGUAAGAUCCUUGGGCCGAGGCUGGAGAAGGCUGUUGCUAAGCAGAAAGGCCGCGUUGCCAUGGCAAAAGUUGACAUCGAUGAUCACACAGACCUGGCUAUUGAGUACGGGGUGUCUGCUGUUCCUACAGUCAUCGCCAUGAGGGGAGGAGACAUCAUCGACCGCUUCGUGGGCAUCAAAGAUGAUGAUCAGUUGGACUCAUUCGUCAGCAAAGUCAUUGGACAGUGAAGCCCCGCCCCCCCAAAGCUGUACGCCGCCAUCACGGUGCUGUUAUCUGAGCUCCUGGCGUGUCGGGCAGACGCUGCCUCAGUCCCACCUAGCCAACUCUCAAACACUCAUCUCUAGACUCUCGUCUUCAGCCGGGGAUCUGUCCAGCGAUGGGCGUUUCACCAUUUUCAUUCAUUUUGUUUUACAUUCUCUUAUUUUCUCUGGUAAAAAUGUGAUGGCUUUAUGAAUCUAUCCUUAUAUAAAC